AUGGCAACCACGACCCCCGUCAGCCACACGCCUUCCGAUGCGCUGCCUGUUUCGCCAACUACGGAAAACGGCCAGGCCUCCCUGAACCCCAACGCACGCCGGACAUCUCUCGGCUUCCUUCGCCGCUCCAAAUCCACCGAACCUCUCGGGGAACGCAAAUCCUCCGGCAGUCGCAAGAAGAUGUCCAAGGCCCAGGCCAUGGAGGAAGAACUCCGCCGUCAGCGCGAAUCGUAUGCGCCCAAGCACGCCCCCCGCCUGCCCGAUCUCGCCCCGCCCCCGCAACUCGAGACCUUUGGUGGUGAGGAACGCGACACGCUGGGCGCACCCCCCGCUGUGCCUCGUCCUCAAUCUGGUCUUGCAGCAUCUGCAUCGCUCAGUUCGCCCACGGCAGAUGUCAUCGAUCCGUAUGCUCGCACCGAGAGCAUGACCCAUCGCGGCCGUUACAGCUACGCCAGCAGUGCUGUCAGCACUGUCAACAGUCCGCGUCGCAUUCGCCGUCGCAAGGACCCCACUCCUUACAAUGUCCUCGUGGUGGGCGCCCGCAACUCUGGCAAGACGUCUUUCCUCAAUUUUCUCCGCAAGGCUUUGACGAUGCCCCCACAUAAGCACCCUUCCCGAACUCCCGAGGAGCUGGAGGAGCUGGAAAGCCAGACCUCCGCCUACGAAGGAUUUACCUCUCAGUACCUGGAGACGGAGAUUGACGGAGAGCGUGUCGGCCUGACCCUCUGGGAUUCGACCGGCCUGGAGCGCAAUAUCGUCGAUCUGCAAAUGCGCGGGGUGACUGGCUUCUUGGAGAGCAAGUUUGAAGAGACUCUCGCUGAGGAGAUGAAGGUGGUUCGCUCCCCCGGUGCUCGCGAUACUCAUAUUCACUGCACCUUCUUGCUUUUGGAUCCCGUCCAUCUCGAUGAGAACAUCGCUGCUGCCGAGCGCCUCGCCAAUGGAACUCCCAAAGCCUCCGACAACCCCGUUCUGGGAGUGUUGGAUCAAAAUUUGGAUCUGCAGGUGCUGCGCACCAUUCUCGGCAAGACCACUGUGGUGCCGGUCAUCAGCAAAGCAGAUACGAUCACCUCCGCUCAUAUGGGAUACCUGCGCAAAGCAGUUUGGGACAGCUUGAAGAAGGCUAACAUCGAUCCCCUCGAGAUUCUGACCCUGGAAGACCAGGAGGAGUACACUUCAUCGGAAAGUGCCGAUGAAGAGGAAGAGGAGUCCGAACAAGGAGAUAAGACCGAGACCACCGAAGCCACCGAAGCGGAUGGCACUGAAUCCAAGGAACACGAGACCGAGACAGGAGAGAAAGAAGAGGACAACACACAGGCGCCAGUGCCUGUUCCCCAGUCGCCUUCGCAGCGCAGCCAGAGUGAGCGUGGGGUGCAAGCCGUCAACCCGCAUGUUCCCUUUUCCAUCCUGUCCCCUGACCCGCAUUCCCUGGCCUCGGGUGAAGAGCCGAUCGGCCGUCGAUUCCCGUGGGGUUUCGCCGACCCCUAUGAUGCAGAGCACUGUGACUUUGUGCGCCUCAAGGAUUCGGUUUUCAGUGAAUGGCGCUCCGAGCUUCGCGAGGCCAGCCGUGUGGUGUGGUACGAGCGCUGGCGAACCAACCGCCUCAACCGCAACGGACAACCGGCGCCGAUGCCAUCCAAGCACGUCUAUGGCGGUCGCAUGGGACCCAUUCGUGACGGUCGCCGCACACGCUAA